AUGUUGGAAUGGAGAAAUAUAAUUAAAGGUUUUGAAAAAUAAGAAAUUCAAUCAGCCGAUGACAUUUGCUAAUUUUAAAACUUAUUUAUUACUUAAAUAAGAUUGAUUGAAAUAAGAAUAUUAUGCUAAAGCCUUAAAAAAGUAUUCUUCAUAAUAUACUUAGUCCUGCAAAACAUCUAUUUAUCAAUGA